UUUGAGCCGCCAUAUCCGCUGUGAGACUGAAAGGAGGGUUCCAUAUCAAUUCAAGUGAAAAAUAUGUACAACACUAAAAGGUCAGGCUGGUACUUACAGAUGGGGGAUAUUGGGGGCUGUACUCUCUGUACUUCCUCUUCUCACUAGGUGAGUAGUCCGAGUCAUCGCUGUAGUCCGAAUGGUCAUCGUCAGACGAAGCGUGCCGCUGUGUGGAAAGGUUUGAUUCACAUUGCUUCAACAGUUCACAGUUCAUCGGUUUAAGGCAUGUUGUUAUGGGCCACAGCAGAAGCCUCUUUAAGAGUAGGAAAUGCUCCAAGCAGCACAGCAGCAAAAUACAAUGUUUUAUCUCCUUUGUUUAGUAAAAACAAAAAUUGUUUAGUUUAGACAGAACUCCGGUUCAGGUGAGGAAUGCGUUGGUCAUAUUUUAACGAUCAUUUUUGUCCUCGUGUGUGUUUGUUCAGUGAAUACAUCCUUACUUUGUGUUUUGACUUGCGCUUCUUCUUUGCCCUGCGCUUCUCCCGCUCUCGUUCUUUCUCUUUCUUUCUCUUCCUCUUGCGGCGGUGGGCUCUCUCUUCGUCAGAGCCGCUGCUGGCAUGGCGCUCUUUGCUUCGUCGCUGCCUCUCGCCGUCUCCUUCCCCACCCGGGUCAGCACCAGCACCAGCCCCGUCUCCUCCAUCGCCUCCUGCUGCAGCCGGUUCUCCGCCUCCACCUGUUUCCUCCUCUAGUUCUCCUCCAUCAUCCUCCAAUUCGCCCUCCUCCAGCUCUCCAUCUUCUGGCCUGUGAUCAUCACAACAUUUUCAAGUUAAAAGUCAAAUUCACUGUACAUCAACAAACGUCAUGAAGUGAAAACAUUUUGUCACAAAUAUUUAGAGCACUGAAGAGUCAUUGCUGAAAAACAAGUGACUAGAGACUUGAUCAUACGGUUUCUGGGCCUAAAAAAAACAAGGACGGAGAUUAAAAAAAAGUUGGGAUGACCCUUUUUCCAGAUAAAAACAAACACAAGAGAUCAAUGAUUAAUCGUGUCUGAGCCAUGAUCCUUUUUUUCUGCUGGAGUGGGCAGCCUGGUUCCAGAUUUGAAGCCCUUCACAUUCGCAACAACUUGAAGUCAAGCUCCUGCGACUGGUCCAGCUGUCUUUGAACGACACCUUUCCCACAUGGAUAUCUGGCAGGCAACUGUUUUGAAAAUUCCACUGGUAUGGCAUGCAAUCAAGUAGUAGCUUUGUCAAGUAGUUCUCAUUUUACCCAAAUUAUAUAUCAGUCUGGUGAGCUUGGAUCUCCCAGCAUCAGGUGUCGACACACAGCUCUCUCCACGUUACCAUGGGAAGACGCAUUAGAGUCGGCACCCCGUCUGGAUGCUGAACCAUGGCAACAAAAUCAAAACAUUACUUGGAGAUAAGGAAAAAGUAGAUCGGCCAUAUCACUGAAAUUAUUGACUGAAUUGAUUCUCUCAUGUAAGCAGCAGUUUUAGCUACUGAACCAAAUUAAAACAUGACUUUCUACGAGCAGAACAGCUGACAGGUCCAGAGGGCAGCUCAGAUACGAGCGUCAGUACUUUAAACAUUACUCCACAUCAGUCCAAACUUAAGCAUAGUCCAUCUAAUCAUUCCCUUGAAGUAAAAUAGAUUCAACCUUAAAGGGAGUCCACCACGUUGCUUGACCAUUCAACAUUUGUAGUAAAGGCGAAUGGAAAAAAAACUAACAAACCAGGACAAGGAUUAGUGUUAAUCGACUAAAUCCAAUAAUAAUUUGUAUUAGUUAUGUCCUGACGUGUCACCUUUCUUUAUCAUUGCCAGUGUGCCAUGUGAUUCAAUCUUUGAUGCAUGGGAACAAAUGUGAUCAAGAUUGCUCAUCACUUUUGUUAAAGGUAAAGACUCCAUGGACACCCUGUAUGGUGAUGAAUUUUAGGACUGAAACUACUGUACAACAAAGAAUCAACCAAACUUAAAACCACUCUCGGGCGAAAAAAAUCUGAAAUGUUUUCUAAGGACACAGAACACCUUAAAUUCAUACGCUAAUAGUUUGAUCUCACCAACUCCUGCCAAAAAAAGGCCUCAAACACAACCAACAUGGGACUUGCAUCUCCACUGGGUGACAAGACACCAAAACUCUCAAGCCUGCUAAUUUUUUUGGAAACUCGAAAAAGAAAAGAUUAUCUCAACAAAGUCACUUAGUCAUGCACGAAGGUAAACAACACAAUCAGCUCAGUGAAUAUCCCAUCAUCGACCUUGGUGAAAUAAAAUAGGAGCCUAACAGCUACAAUGACCAACACAUUUCACUCCAACAGACCAUUUGCAUUUAAGAUACUGGGCAAGAGAGAAUACAUUUGAUAACUAGGAAAGUGGGCUUCUGUUGUUUGACCUGGGAAACGUUCCAACUGCGUUAACAUUUUGGGGGUCUUACUUACUGUCCCACUGUGAUUAACGUAUGUUAGCCAUCUAUUAAGAUGUAAUAAGUUAUAUCAGUGUGUUAUUAACAAAACUACAUGAUUCCAGUAGAGAAAACGAGCGAUGUCGCAAUGUUACGGUUAUAAUGAUCAGUAAGGUGGAGAUUAUUUUUUAAAAAUGGAACAAUUUGGCCCACGUUUUCUGCUUUUCGAUCAUUUGUCAAACCUUAACAGACACUACUCGGAAGACCCUCAGGACAACCAGGUGCAUGAUAACUAUAGAAGGACGUCGUCGACAUGCUCUGAGCAGGUUAGCGUUAACACACAUAUCUACGGCUAACGUUAGCGAGCUAAUGUUAGCUCAGACUAGGCCCAACGUUAAAACGUCAAUCGCUCGGUUCGGUUAACGAGCAAAUACAACGGCCAGUUUGAAUUUACCUGCCAAGCAAUCGUUAGUUAAUAAGCACAUUAACAUGAGUUAAAGAAGUAGGAUUCGACGAGUUAGAAUUUGCGAUUCCGGAGGUCAGAAAUGUCUCGUUUUCACCUCGGUACUUUCAUCGACAGGGAUCGAUUGUCGAGAGUUGUAGUUAAAGUGAGGUAAUAUGGUGAUAUACGGGGAAAGAAGAGUUGUCCUGGGUGUUUUAGCCUCACAGUGGCUCUGUCGUGUCAUCAUGGCGUUCGUUACCUCCGUACUCCAGAGAGACAAGUUUAAUCCCGAAUGCAGGAGAAAAAAAAAGAAAACGAAUCCCAGGCUUUUGUGUAAAAGCACAGGAUAAAUAUUUCAUAUAAAUGACUGUAGAAUUACUCGACCUUUCGUCAGUCAGGAGACUGUUGUGUUCGUGGUUGGUAGUUGGGGAGUUUGGAUGGACAGUCAUGCUUUCCACAGCCAUUUCCUCACCGACAUUGAGGUACAAAAAAUUGCAACUCGACGCUAGGAACUACUUGUGCGUCACUUCACUAGGACCUACAGUUUUUGAUUUUAGGAAGUUUCAGCUCAUAGUAGGCAAUUCUCCACAACAGUUGUAAGAGAAAUUAGAUGAAAUUGAGUCCUGACGUUCCCCGUCCUAUUGUGGCGAUGUGAAAUGACGACUGAUCUACUCAAAAUGGCCGACUGUCUUCAACAUAGGAAAAGUGGGUGGGAUUACACGAAGGUGACGUCACUUAACAUGAGCGCUUACUCACGGAAAUUGCCGAAGAGGAGGACAAAAGUCCCUGGGUUUUGACUCGCAGGUUCACGUGCAAACCAACCAUUAUGGUAUAAAAAGAAGACCCGCGGCAAUUGCCCCUGAUCACAUAGCAAAGAACAAACCUCGUGACUGUUGGCGGGUGCAGCUCAGAUGUCCAUGAUCAAAGAAUCAGUGAGAAGCGCCAUCAGUUCUUUUAUAGAAUAAAAUUUCUUUAUUGCAUAUGCUUUAGUUAAAAUAAUCUUGUGGCGUCAUAUAACUAUACAAUACGCCUCUUGAUCUCCCUUUGUCAUUUGUGAUGAGGGAGGUUUGAACGUCAACAGUUCGUUUAUGAUUAAUGAAAGUCAACAUGUCAAUAAUGUCACAUCAUAAGGGAUGGAGGAAGAUUAUUCCAUUUCCAGCAGAACCCAAAUGGUGAGCUACUCACAUUUAAUUUUCUUGAACGGCACACAAUUAUCGAAAGGAGCGCUAAACAAACUAAAAAGUAGUUCUGGGAGUCAUGGAAAAUGUAAUUAUCAUACAGCUAAAAUAUGUGUAUAGUUUUGUUUCACUUGAUUGCAAAAACAGCUGUUGCAUUGUUUUUAUUACUGAUCUGACUGCGAUUACCUGAGCUACUUUAGCGAGCCAGUGACAGUGCCUUAGGUCCAUACCCGGGGGGAAGCGUGCCCACAGCUUCGCUUAAAGAUGAAGGUAAACUGGUGCAAUAAAAAAGGACAUUACAACUAAUAUUUUGCACCAGUAACGUCCGUAACAUAAUACAACGAAUGGUGCGUCCUUGUUCGUAAAUUAGACGAUAUAUUCGUGUUUGUUUGCUUGAAUGUCUAAACAAAAGAUACAACAUCCGGGUAUUUUCGAGAAACCUUAAUCGAUAUUUCGCCUGUUUUUAAAGGCGAAAAAUUAGAUGAGAUGAAAUGAAAUCACAAUUGUGAAUGUUAUGUGGCUAGAAAUUAAACGAAAAUCGCAAGAAUACGAAUAUCUGAAAUGUUCGCUCGUAAUUGACGUCAUCACUUCGCGCUCAUUCAGCGGGGCUCUGCCGCAUUUGAACACAGUUGGCGAUCAUUUGAUUCUUUUUCUUUACUAUGAUUCCCGUCUCUGGAUCAACUGAAAUGAUCAGUCCGAUCGGUAAGGAGGACACGGUCAUCAGCGAGGAGGAGGCUGCUCAGUACGACCGUCAGAUUCGGCUAUGGGGCUUAGAUGCACAGAAGAGGUUGCGGGGGUCUCGGGUGCUUCUGGCUGGUUUGGGGGGCUUGGGAGCUGAAGUUGCCAAAAACCUCAUCCUGGCUGGAGUUAAGGGACUCACCUUGUUGGAUCAUGAACAGGUGACUGAAGAGUCAUGUCGAGCUCAGUUCCUGGUUCCGGUCACCAGCCAGGGCCAGAACCGAGCCCGAGCCUCGCUGGAGAGAGCUCAGAACCUGAAUCCGAUGGUGGAGGUGCACGCUGACGCUGACAAAAUCGAGGACAAGCCCGAUGAGUUCUUCCUACAGUUUGAUGCGGUGUGUCUGACGGGCUGCUCCAGAGACCUGAUGGUGCGAGUCGACCAGCUCUGCUCUCAGCGAAACAUCAAGGUCUUCUGCGGAGACGUCUACGGUUACUAUGGUUACAUGUUCUGCAAUCUGGGGAAGGAGCACAACUAUGUGGAGGAGAAGCCGAAACUGGUCAAACCCUCCGCUGACUCCAGCGAUGGCCCCGAGGCGAAGAAGGCCAAAGUGGAUCCCAAUGAAACUACCAUGGUGAAGAAGACGUCCAGCUUCUGCUCACUGAAGGAAGCGCUGGAGGUGGACUGGACGAGCGAGAAGGCCAAAGCUGCCCUGAAGAAAACUCCAGUGGACUACUUCCUGCUCCACGUCUUGUUGAAGUUUCGUACAGACAAAGGUCGCGACCCCGACCCCCAGGCUUUCCCUGAAGACAGCAAACUGUUGAAGCAAAUCCGUGACGACGUCCUGGAGACGCUGUCUCUGCGUGGCGACCUGCUGAGCGACGACUUCAUCAGCUUCUGCUUCUCGGAGAUGUCUCCGGUGUGCGCCGUGGUGGGAGGAGUGCUGGGGCAGGAGAUCGUCAAGGCUCUCUCCCAGAGAGACGCUCCACACCGAAACUUCUUCUUCUUCGAUGGCCGUAAAGGAAAUGGAGUGGUCGACUUCUUCGGACCCAACUGAGCCAUCAAAUGUUCCUCUUUCAUCUUUUCUUUGUUUUACACUCAAUAAAACCUG